AUGACGGACGUCAAGAUGCAGGUGGACAAUCCACAGGAGACUGUGGAGAAGAUUAAGCAGGGGGAGAUUGAUGAGUCCCUGUACAGCCGACAAUUGUAUGUCCUUGGUCAUGAAGCUAUGAAGCGCAUGGGCUCCUCGAACGUCCUCAUCGUCGGUCUGAAAGGUCUCGGUGUUGAGAUCGGUAAGUACACCGGCUUCCAUCUUUUGGACGUCGCUCAUAGCAGUCUAGCGAAAAACAUUGCUCUUGCCGGUGUUAAAUCCCUCACUCUAUACGAUCCCGCCCCUGUCGCAAUCUCCGAUCUGUCGUCCCAGUUCUUCCUUCAGCCUCAGGAUGUUGGCAAGCCGCGUGCUGAAGUGACCGCCCCGAGGGUGGCGGAGCUUAACGCAUAUGUGCCUGUGACGAUCCACGAAGGCGGAAACCUCGUCGAUGAUUUGGAACAAUUGAAGCGCUACCAGGCAGUGGUCCUCACCCUCACGCCCCUGAAGGACCAGCUUGCAAUUGCGGAUUUCUGCCACAAGAACGGAAUCUACGUCACUAUCACGGACACAUUCGGUCUCUUCGGUUAUCUAUUCAACGACUUUGGAAAGAACUUCACUGUUGGAGAUGCCACCGGCGAAGAACCGGUGAGCGGCAUCGUGGCCGACAUCGACGAAGAUGGUCUGGUCUCGGCUCUCGAUGAGUCCCGACACGGCCUGGAAGAUGGGGACUUUGUUACUUUCUCCGAAGUGAAAGGUAUGGAAGGGUUGAACGAUGCUGCGCCUCGCAAGGUCACCGUGAAGGGUCCCUACACAUUCUCCAUCGGUGAUGUGUCCGGUCUUGGAACCUAUAAGAGCGGUGGUAUCUUCACUCAGGUCAAGAUGCCCAAGUUUGUUGACUUCCAGCCCCUGAGCGAACAAAUCAAGAAGCCCGAACUCAUGGUCUCGGACUUCGCCAAGUUCGACCGGCCCCAACAGCUGCAUAUCGGUGUCCAGGCCCUCCAUAAGUUUGCGGAGGCCCACGAUGGCCAGUUCCCUCGCCCCCACAAUGAGAGCGACGCCCAGGAGGUCCUCAAAAUCUCUACCGAUCUGGCGUCCAGCCAAGAAGAGAAGGUGGAAUUAGACGAGAAGCUCAUUAAAGAAUUGAGUUACCAGGCUCGCGGUGACCUUAACCCGUUGGCUGCGUUCUUUGGCGGUGUUGCAGCUCAGGAGGUCCUUAAAGCUGUCUCUGGAAAGUUCAAUCCUGUUCAUCAAUGGCUCUACCUUGAUUCGCUCGAAUCUCUUCCCACCAGCACCACCCGGUCUGAAGAGAACUGCAAGCCGCUUGGCACCCGCUAUGACGGCCAGAUCGCUGUCUUUGGUAAGGACUACCAAGAUAAGAUUGCCAAUGUUACACAGUUCCUCGUUGGUGCCGGUGCUAUCGGUUGUGAAACCUUGAAGAACUGGGCUAUGAUGGGUCUGGGAACUGGUCCCAAGGGCAAGAUCUAUGUCACCGAUAUGGACCAGAUUGAAAAGAGUAACCUAAACCGUCAGUUCCUGUUCCGCAGCAAGGAUGUCGGCAAACUUAAGAGCGAAUGUGCUUCGGCGGCUGUCCAGGCCAUGAACCCCGAGUUGCAGGGCAAGAUCGUCACAAUGCGUGACCGUGUCGGACCUGACACUGAACACGUCUUCAAUGAGGAGUUCUGGGAAGGCCUGGAUGGUGUCACCAACGCUCUAGAUAACGUCGACGCCAGAACCUACGUCGACCGCCGCUGUGUGUUUUUCCGCAAGCCUCUGCUUGAGAGCGGUACGCUCGGAACCAAGGGUAACACGCAGGUUGUCCUCCCUCAUAUCACGGAGUCCUAUUCCAGCUCCCAGGAUCCUCCAGAGAAGUCCUUCCCUAUGUGCACAUUGAAAAGUUUCCCCAACCGGAUCGAACACACGAUCGCUUGGGCCCGGGACCUCUUUCAGACAUACUUCGUUGGACCUCCUGAAUCCGUCAACAUGUAUUUGUCUCAGCCAAACUAUAUUGAGCAGACACUCAAGCAGGCUGGCAAUGAGAAGCAGACUCUCGAGCAGCUCCACGCUUUCUUGGUGACGGACAAGCCUUUGACCUUCGACGACUGCAUUGUCUGGGCCCGUCAUCAGUUUGAGGCUCAAUACAAUAACGCCAUCCAGCAGUUGCUCUAUAACUUCCCUCGCGACUCGAAGACCUCCUCUGGCCAACCUUUCUGGUCCGGCCCGAAGCGUGCUCCGUCUCCCUUGAAGUUUGAUAGCUCGAAUCCCACCCAUCUCGGGUUCAUCAUCGCGGCAGCAAACCUCCACGCUUUCAAUUAUGGAAUCAAGAACCCUGGUGCAGACAAGGAGUACUACCGCAAGGUUGUCGACAACAUGAUCAUCCCCGAAUUCUCCCCCAAGUCCGGCGUGAAGAUCCAGGCCGACGAGAACGAGCCGGACCCGAAUGCUCAGGCUUCGGGAUCUUCGUUUGAUGACAACUCCGAGAUCCAGCGUUUGGUGGAUUCCCUGCCCUCGCCCAAGUCUCUUGCUGGCUUCCACCUGAACCCAGUCGAAUUCGAAAAGGACGAUGACACCAACCACCACAUUGACUUCAUCACGGCCGCUAGCAACCUCCGUGCCGAUAACUACGAGAUUCCGCAGGCGGAUCGCCACAAGACCAAGUUCAUUGCUGGAAAGAUCAUCCCUGCUAUUGCCACGACAACUGCUCUGGUCACUGGACUGGUUGCACUGGAGCUGUACAAGAUCAUCGAUGGCAAGGAUGAUAUUGAGCAGUACAAGAACGGCUUUGCAAACCUCGCUCUUCCGUUCUUUGGAUUUAGUGAGCCUAUUGCCAGCCCCAAGGGCAAGUACAUGGGCAAGCAGGGCGAAGUGACCAUCGACAAGCUCUGGGACCGCUUCGAAGUGGAUGACAUUCCGCUCCAGGACUUCCUCAAGUACUUCUCCGACAAGGGCCUGGAGAUCAGCAUGGUCAGCUCGGGCGUGAGUUUGUUGUAUGCCAGCUUUUACCCUCCUUCGAAGGUGAAGGACCGCCUUCCUAUGCAGAUGAGCAAGUUGGUGGAGCACAUCAGCAAGAAGCCCCUGCCAGAGCACCAGAAGAAUGUGAUCUUCGAAGUGACUGCGGAGGACCAGACCGAGGAGGAUGUGGAGAUUCCGUACGUGAUGGUGAAGCUGCGGAAGUAA